AGUGAGCGAGGUGCAGAAUAUAAAAAGGGUUGUUCCUCACUCACUCUCACUCACAGCCAGUCCAUAUGCCAGUUUGGAAAUAUUCUUCCCAAAUCCAAUUAAUGCUGCCAUUAACACCUCUUCCAGAGUCUACCAUUCAUUCACCUUCUGACUCUAACUUCUUUAACUAGGCCUUUCUCACUCUUUUUCUAUUUCAUAUUCCCAUCCCAUUUUCCUCUUCUUUCCAUCUUCUGUUCUUGGAAGUUCAAAAUCAAAAAAUGAUGCAGGACUCAAUUGGGAUCAAUAUUCCUGCUUGUUUUUCUUCUUCAGCAGAGAAGCAGCACGGUGACGAUCAUGGAGCGGUGACCCGUUCAGGCCAGAGCGUUUACAUGUCUGUGUACAGAACAAAGGUUGCGGACCACUGCCGUUUGAUCACCAUCACAUGGUGCAAAAACCUCUUGCUUCACGGGCUUUCGGUGUCAGUGGAAGGCCCUGAAGGAGAAGAACAGUACACGUGCAAGGUGGAGGUGAAGCCAUGGUACUUUUGGAGGAAGCAAGGCUCCAAACGCUUCAUAGUGGAUGGUAAAGCAGUUGAUAUUUUCUGGGACCUUAAGGCUGCGAAAUUUAACGGUGAAACGGAACCGACCUCGGAGUACUAUGUGGCAGUGGUUUGUGAUGAAGAGGUGGUGCUGCUGCUGGGUGAUCUAAAGAAAGAGGCAUACAGAAGGACGGGGUGCAGGCCAGCACUUAUUGACCCCAUUUUGGUUUCAAAGAAAGAGCAUAUUUUUGGGAAGAAAAAGUUCUCCACAAGAGCCAAGUUUCAUGAGAAGGGUAGGUGGCACGAGAUUUCAAUUGAGUGCAAGAACAAGGGAUAUAAUAGGGAGUCUCCGAGUGGGGUUCAGCCAGAGAUGGAGAUAAGGAUUGAUGGGCACUUGGUGAUUCAUGUGAAGCACCUCCAGUGGAAGUUUAGAGGCAACGAGUCAAUUCAUCUCAGCAAAAUGAGAGUAGAGGUAUAUUGGGAUGUUCAUGAUUGGCUAUUUAGUCCUGGUUUAAAGCAUGCUUUAUUCAUUUUUAAGCCAAUUUUAUCACCCAGUACCACCAGCACUUGUUCUAUGUCGUCUUCGUCACCUUCGUUAUCAUCCUCAUCACCUCCCUUAUCUACUGAUCAGACAAGGAGUUCUAGAUCAGUAGAGGGAUUUAGUGUUAGUGGGUCAUCAGAGUUUUGCUUGUUUCUCUAUGCUUGGAAGGUAGAAUGAAGAAGCCAUGCCAACUUAAUGGUCUGGUAGUGAUAAUGGAAUGGUGAAGAUGCAGGUUGAGAUUGGAUUGAGAGAGAGAGAAGAGAGAAAGAGAAUUGGGUUUGGUUGAGAUUGAGAAAGGCAGUGGGACCAAACAGUGGCUUGGGAGUUAGUUACAGCUGGGGUUGAGCAAAUGCGCAUAAUUGUGGACAAGACAGAUUGUAUCACAUUAACAAUCGCACACAUGUCCAAUAAUUCUCCAUCCAGAGGCAUCUACGUCUCCACCUACAUUUUACCACACUGGAAAAUGCUCUUUCUUGAUCCCAUCUUGGUAACCGAGCUGUUUAUGUUUCCUCCAAAAUCUAUCAACCAAAGGUACAUCUUACCUAAAUUUUCUAUCAAAAAAUAAUAUAUGUAGACACAAGAUUACUAAACUGAAUGUUUGUAUUUGCCCAUAAACUUAUAUCUGUUCAUGCAUGUGACGGAAAAUGGUACCCCGUAAAGAGAGGAUGUGUGUUGGGUGAUGAUGUAGAAACAAGAGUACAAUAAUCCCAGUAUGUGCACCUCACGCACAUUAAUACACAUGCUUCUCUUUCUAGUAGUUGGAUUAUCAGUAUCAUCCUCUCAUCAUUAUUGCCUAA